AUGCCGACCGUAAGCGUCUUCUAUGACUGCUUGCAGAAAGCAUUGGGGAACGAUGUGACGGAGGAGAGUUUUGACGAGCUUUGCUUCGAGUUUGGCCUUGAGCUGGAUGACGUCACCUCUCAGAAGGAGAUGGUCGAGAAGGAGCGAGGCGCAGAUGCGGCUGCAGACAUGAGUGAUCGGGUCAUUUUCAAAGUGGAUGUGCCCGCAAAUCGAUACGAUCUCCUGUGCAUUGAGGGCCUGGUUAGAUCUCUACAAAUUUUCAAGGGAGUGAUACCAGCGCCACUUUACAAGUUGUCUAUGCCAAAGCCUCUGCCACAGAUGACAAUGACGGUGAAAAAGGAGACUGCGCAGAUCCGACCCUUCGUUGUCUGUGCCAUUCUCCGAAAUGUCACCUUUGACAAGGACAGAUAUGAUAGCUUUAUCGAGUUGCAGGACAAGCUGCACCAGAACAUCUGCAGAAAGCGGACUCUUGUCGCCAUCGGAACACACGACCUGUCAACCCUCAAGCCUCCUUUCACUUACGAGGCCUUGCCUCCCAACCAGAUCCACUUUACACCACUGAACCAGACCGAAGAGAUGGAUGGGAACAGAAUGAUGGAGGUCCUGUCUGCACACCAGCAGCUCAAGACAUACCUGCCCAUCAUCCGAAACAGCCCAGUCUAUCCGGUCAUCUACGACAGCAACCGCGUGGUUCUGUCCCUGCCGCCCAUCAUUAACGGCGAACACUCAAAGAUCAAAAUGGAGACCAAGGACGUCUUCAUUGAGUGCACAGCCACGGACCUUACGAAGGCCAACAUCGUGCUUAACACCGUGGUGGCGAUGUUUGCGGAAUACUGCAAGGAGCCCUUUGUCGCUGAACCCGUUGAGGUGAUAUAUGAGAGCGAUUAUCCGGGCAACAGCUUCGUCCAGCCCGGCGACAAGCGCCUCUACCCCGCGCUGGAGCCCCGAGAGAUGAAGGCCAAGAUCAGCCGAAUGAAGGCUUCCCUUGGCUUGGACAAGCUCAGUGGUGCCCAAGUCAGGGACUACCUGCGCAAAAUGAGCCUGCCGUGCGACAUCAAUAGCAAGGACGCCGACAUCUUGGACGUUCAAGUCCCCAUCACGCGCAGUGACAUCAUGCAUGAGUGCGACCUCAUCGAAGACCUGGCUAUCGCUUACGGGUACAACAACCUUGAGACCUCCGUGCCUCAAACCGUGGCUGUGUCUGCUGGACAGCCUGUCAAUAACUUGUCCGACCUGGCCCGCGGCGAGCUGGCAAUGGCCGGAUACACCGAGUGCAUGAAUUGGUCGCUCCUGUCCAAGAAGGAGAACUUCACCUUCAUGAGGCGAGAAUCCAAGGCGGAGGAGCUUUGGAGAACGGUGAAGCAGCCUUACGAGUACAUUCCAACAGCCCCGGCGGUCUCGGUGUCGAACCCGAAGACCAAGGACUUUGAGAUCAUCAGGACCUCCAUGAUGCCAGGCAUCUUAAAGACCCUGGCCAACAGCAAGCAGUUACCGCCUCCCAUCAAGCUGUUCGAGGUGGGCGACGUAGUGAUUCAGGAGCCCGCGAGGGAGGUCGGCUGCAAAAACGUCCGACGGCUGGUGGCAGUACACGCCAACAUGCGAAGUCAGUUCUCAUUGCUGCAUGGAGUUCUGGACCAGCUCAUGUACUCACUAAACUGCGAGCCGGAGCAUGAGCACAAGGAGGACUCCAAGAGGCGAACUUUCAAGUUGGUGCCCAGCGAGGAUCCAGCCUUCUUUGCGGGCAUGCAGGCGCACGUGGUGUGCGAGGGCAUAAACAUCGGAAUCAUCGGCGAAUUGCACCCAGAGGUCCUGAGCAGUAAGGGCUUCGACAUCAAUUUGCCGACCUCGGCGUUUGAGCUCAACCUUGAGCCUUUCCUGGAGUGGCUUUGA